ACUGUUGAGUGCAGAGCGCACAAAGACCGUGCGCGCAGCAGCGUGAGUGUGAUGGUUUUUGGAGUGACGACACCACAAAAUCAUAGCACAAGAUUACCGAAGCAGAUUGAAAUCGGGUUGAAGCAUCAUCCAUCCGAGAAGCUCAGAGUCCACUAAAAGCGCCAGUGUUCGUCCAGACGGUGGUGAUCAAAUCCGGCUUUGAAAUGCUUCAGUUCGGCGGCAGGGUGUGCGGUGUCUCCGCUGUCGUCUCGCUGCUUCUGGCGGGGCUGGCAGCUGCGUCUUCUGAUCUAUUUGACAACCAACUAGGCGACAUCAAUUACUGCAAAAAGCAAUGCCAGAUUACCAUCAAAAACAAAAGCCCAGCUAAAGACUCCAUUCUGAAUGCCUGUCACCGUGGUUGCCGUCUUUACUCCAUCUGUCAGUUUGUGAAUGGAAAUGCUGGCUUCAACACCAGCAGGGAUGAGUGUCAAGGAGCCUGCCAGGAAGCGUACAGCAAGCUGCUGGAGCAGGAGUCAUGCAGCACCGGCUGUGCCAGCCAGCCCUCUGAACCUGAGAUCAAGAGGAGGAAGCUGAAGGCCAUGGCCCACCGUCCCAUGCCCCCCUCCGUCAUAGACACCGUGUCCAGCUGGUGUAACGACAUCGUCAGCUCUGCACAGAGCUUCAUCUCCUCUACUUGGACCUUCUACCUGCAGGGUGACGACGGCAAGGUGCUCAUCUUCCAGAGCCAGCCGGAGAUCGAGUACACUCUGCCGGAGAUGCAGGCUCCCCGCUCCAAUGUGGCAGACAAGCCCUGGCCACAGAUCCACUCCCACACACAGAGACCCCAUGGUGUGAAAGGACAUGGGGAGAAGGGAGCAGCCAAGGCAGGAGGCAAGGGCAAGCACCCAGCAGUCCAGCAACAUACGGAAGACCCAACCGCUGAGCAUGACUUCCUGGGAUGCAUGUCAAGGCGCUCUGGGCUGCCUCGUUGGAUCCUGGCUGCCUGUCUCUUCCUGUCCAUCAUGGUGAUGUUGUGGCUGAGCUGUGCCAGCCUUGUCACUGCACCAGAACAGCACAUCAAAACACAGCUGAGCAUCAACGGAGACAAGGAGUUUCUGGAUGACGUCCAGAAGGUCAACCCCUACCAUCUGACCCCUGUGAUUGCUGUAGCCAUCGACCAACCAGAGGAGAGCGAGGAGGCGGGACCACUGCCAGUGAAGGUUGACAUCAACAAGACAUCUCUCUAGGGGACCAAUGGGAGUGGAUCACUGCUUUCUGGGGUAACCAUUUCAUAAAACCUCCCUCAGUAAAAGAGGGAGAACAGAAACACACCAACACACACACAAUAUUUUUUAUACAUGCAUGGCACCAUCCCUUCACAACAGGUUUGUCCCAUCUUUCUCUAACGAGUCUGCCCAUCAGAUGUUAGCCUGUUGUGCUUGUCUGUGCAGAAUACAGAUUUGCUAGAUUCAUACUGUCCAUUGUUAAACGACACUAAGAGCUUGGAGAUCAAGUUGUCACCACCUUCUUGUACCUAUCAUUUUAUACUUGACAAUGCAAUUGCUUAAGGCUUAUUUAAUGGACAGUUUAACUAUUAAAUGUAACUACUUAGAUCUGUCUGUGAGAGAGUCAAGGAGAACAUGUGAAUGAGUGCUGAAAGCUUUUCAAGCUUUUGAUGUACAAGGGGAAAAGAGAAAGGACACACACAAGGGAUUGAAAUUGAAGGUGAAUAACUGUUUUCCUCAUGCUCUUACAUACUGGAAUUAAUUGGUGACUUGCAGAGAGAGAAAAGCAAUUGAGAUGUUCAAAAUGCUUUGAAAGGUAUCUUGUGAACGCUGCAGGAGACAAUAGCUACCAGUGUUCACCUUUGAUGCUGUGUUUGAUGUGUUUGAGUAUGACUGAUGUCAACUGUGAGAAGCAAAUAUACAUUAUAGGUCUCAUUUUCCUGAAUGAAAGAGAAUUCUCAGAUCAGAUGAAACACCUAAUUUCAUUGAAUUCGGACAUUUGGCAGACAAAGGAAUUGUGCUCAAAUUAUGUUGGCUGGGACACCCACAGCUAACUGUGUGUGUGUGUUUGAGGAAAAUCAAAUGAGUGCUUGCUGUAUUUAUUUAUUUAUUUAUUUAUUUAUGCCUUUGUGUAUUUAUUCAGAACCAAUAACAUAAGGUACCUGUUCGAUAGUGUAAUUGAAGUGCCAUGUAAAUGCUCAUCUAUCCAAAUCUAUCCUAUUGUUAUGACUGUAAUAAAACAUUGUACCCCUUUUUCCCAGAUUUGAAAAGAGACUAAUAUUAAGACUAAUAUUAUUGUUAUUACUGUAUCUCUUCAAGGGUUAGGCCUAUUAACUCUGAAAUGUUUCAUGCACUUUCUAAUAGUAGACGGUUCUGUAUUCUAUACGAGCACAUAAUGAAGGGAUGACCAAUGUGAUGCGCAAUGCAAAGCUUUUAGAAUAGACCUUUGUUAUCGAGUUACACAGUCAAUGAGAUUUCAGUUCUCCUCAGUGAUGUUGAUGUCCAGUUAAGCUAUUUUUUCAUUUUGCCUAGUCACAGUGCAUGCUAGUAUGCUACAACACAUUACAUUAAACCACCCAUCUCAGUAGCAGGAAACUAAUGUAGACUUGUGAUUUUUGUGUUUCUUAUUUAAAUGUUGAAUAGAAUGUUAUGAUAAUAAUCUCAUGAUUUAAGUUAGGGAAAGAAACCAGAUGGAUAUAUCUAUAAGCCAUUCAAUAUCAGUCCUGGUUCAAGUGAAAGUUACAGCUUCAUGUAGGAAGUGAUAGGAGUUUCAAACUGUAAUGGUUCCUUCUUAUCUAUUUGUUUUCAAUGAAAUGAAAUAUGACAUGAUGAAUAAAGUGUUUUCAUGUUAAACGUAA